GGGAGGCGGCCCCAGCGCCGCCCGCGCGAGGGGGGCAGCCGCCCCAGACAGGUGAUGGGCGUUUCGGCUGCGCUCCGGAUCGACUCCUUGGGUUUCACUUUGGUCUGAUCUAAGCAAAUAUGCAGAAGUACCGGCUGGUCUAGUCCUAAGAGCCAAGAGGAGCGAGCGAGAGCGGCAGAAGGGAGAGCAGCCACGCUCCCGUAGCGAGGGGAACGUACAAACAGCGGCCGCGCCGUCAUUGAGCCACCGCCGCCCCGGGCAGCCCCGACCCACCCUGGAUGCGGAGGACCCCCGAGCCACCCCGCUGCCUUUCCCCUGAGGGAUGGUACUGAAUUCCUGCGCGGCAGGAGCCGGCCUGCAGCCCCUCUCCAUCAGCGUUGCCUUCCCUCCGUGUCUAAAGUGCACUAGACCGCGAUGAGGACCUGGGCUUGCAUUUUGCUGAUAGGUUUUGGGUACCUGUCCUUUACCUUCUCCGAGGAGGCCGAGAUCCCGCAGGAGCUCAUCGAGCGGCUGGCGCACAGCGAGAUCCACAGCAUCCGCGACUUGCAGCGCCUCCUGGAGAUUGACUCCGUAGGAUAUGAUGAUGUUUCAGAAACAAACUUGAGAUCUUACAGUGUUCAUUCUGCUAAACAUGUGCAAGAGAACCGUCCUGUGCCCAUUCGCAGAAAAAGAAGCAUUGAGGAGGCCAUCCCGGCGGUGUGCAAGACGCGCACGGUGAUCUACGAGAUACCUCGGAGCCAGAUCGACCCCACCUCGGCCAACUUCCUGAUAUGGCCGCCCUGCGUGGAGGUGAAGCGCUGCACCGGCUGCUGCAACACCAGCAGCGUCAAGUGCCAGCCCUCGCGGAUACACCACAGGAGCGUCAAGGUGGCAAAAGUGGAGUAUGUUAGAAAAAAGCCAAAAUUAAAAGAAGUUCUGGUGAGAUUAGAAGAGCAUAUGGAAUGCACCUGUACAUCAUCAAAUACUAAUUCAGAUUAUAGAGAAGAAGAAACUGGCGAGACCGAGGCAUGGAGAAAAGCCUGUGCAAGGUCAUACAGCAAGGCUGUGGCAGAACCAGGGAGAGGACUCAGAUCUGAGUGCUCAUCCAGUGCCCUAAAUCACACGACCAUCUUCCCUUUCCAAGAAUGAGUCCUUGCACCCUUAGAGCUAAAUACUGAAAAGAUUGAGGGUAAGUCAUUUUGCCUAAUUACUCUGCAUCGGAUACAUGAUCAAAAGCCACUGCCAUGUUGUCAGAGAAUGCAGUGAUUGAUGAAAAUCCAUCUUUCUGCCCAUGCAAUUAUGUAGCCUUUUAUCCUAUCAUGAGCCAGUCAUUUCCUGCUUUCUUAGGAAUCAACUUUUCAUGACUUACGGUCAAAAUUAUGCACAUAGAACAAGACUCAGAUUUUAUGGGAAUUUACAGAAAUUCAGUAGACAAUUUUCAUUCUCUUUAGUUCAGUGUCAUUCCUUCCUUUUAUGGUGUGGGUAACAUUUCCAUGGGGAACUGUUUUUAUCAUGGGCCCAAUCUGAAAUUUUUUUCCCAGGCCCUAACAUGGAAAAACACUUUCAGAGAUCCCUGUGCUUGCUCUUCUUCAAACUGGUGCCUGAGCAUGCUCCUAGGUUUGGACAAACAUCCCACUGACCUCAGGCAAAUGGAGCAGAGUUGAUGCUUUAUAUUUUGUAAUUACUGUGUGCCUUCCUGACACAGCAUCCCAGUUGUAGGCUGGGGGUCUUUGUGCUCUCAGAGUGUUGAAGUAUUUUGUAAGCAUCCCCAAAGAUGAAGUAACAAGCCUUGUCUAUACAGCUAGGAAAACAGCUGGGAGUCUACCACUCCUGCUCCCAUGGAGGUUGCCAUUUUGAAUUACAUAUUUUGGGGAAAAUAUUUUCUUGGCAUGGUGGGAUUCAGGACUGCCAUUGCUAAUGCCAGUGAGCCCAUUUCAGAUGGUCUGUUUGGGUUCCUCACAAGUUUGAAAACUCAGAGUUGUACUGAUAACAGAAAAAUUUGAGAUGGGAGAAAUUAAUGUGAAAUUUGGCAACUUUUGGUUUAGGGGAAAAAAAACCCAAAAAAGUUUAGAAGGUAGAAUAAACAAGACCAAAGGCUCGAUCAUUCUUUUUUUCAGUUGUGGCAUGCCACCUGUCCCUUUAGUCAUUCUAAUUACUUGCUACCUCAGUCUAAAGUAUGUGCUGAAGUAGCUCAGAAUCACUACAACAUGUGAAGAGUUAGGACUGGUUCUUGUUGAACUGCUGCCUAUUACCAUGGCAUAUGACUAUGAGGUGGGGCCCACAAUCACAGUUGUAAAUCAAAGAACAAGUCAUAGGUUAGGUUCUGUUUUCCUUAGAUAUUGUCUCUAAGUUUGCUUUCUGUAUGCUGGUCUCGAGUGACGUUUGGUGAGCUUUCCAAUUAGGUGGAAAGUCAUGAACACCUCUUUCCCCACCCAAAGGUAAGGAAGUGCUAACCCUUGGUCUAGCUUGUAAUCAAUAGAAGAAAUUCUGGGAGCAUCCUGGUGAUAGAAUUUCUGUCACUUGAAGAUUUCCUGUCACAUUUUUCCAGCGUUACUUCUUCCCGUAGAGAGGAAUAAAAUAAUUUAUAUGUUUGACUUACUAGCAGACCAUCAAAUCUGAUUAGCUUUGCCUUUUGGGCAACUCAAGAAUUUCUGUUUGGACUGAUACUUGUGCAUGCUAGAUGUCUCCCAAGUUCUUAGAUAAAAUACACAAAGGAAGGCUCACUUGAGUGCUUCAGCAGAAAAGUCACAUGUGAAGGCUGGAGUAGUCCCUCAAACAAGGAAAUAAAGAGCCAAGUUUGUGAGUGAGUGUUACACACUCAUCUUCAGAUCAGACCUGGUGUUUUGGCCUUUAUGUACAAUCUUUGAUCUUGCGUAAUGAAGGCAACUGGGUUUGCUGUCCAGCUUUGAGAUUCAGAGCAGCUGUUAAAUCAGGUGUGCAAAAAGCAGAAAUGCACAGAGAUGCUUGAAAUCCCCUGGGAUUUUGAAAACAUCUUCAAAAGCAAUCACAAAUAAGUAGGAGAAAAACAUUUUAAACACUUCUGAAAAUACCACCCUGGUUUAUUUGGCAGGUGAAAAAAGGGUCCAGAAGAGAUACUACUUAUAAGGAUCAUUCAGUGACAAAAUAUAUGCUCAUAGAGAAUGCUCAUGCUUAAAUCUUUCAGCAGUUAAUUAUCAUCUUUACAGACCAUAAUACUGGAAUACUUCACUUAUCAAUGCAUCAGGGCUUGGAUGAACUUUGAGACGCAUGAAAACAAGACACUCCUUAGGCCUGUGGUAGCUCUGUGUUCUGGUAACUGAUCAACCAAUUACAUAAUUGGUCAGGUCUCUGCCUUGCCUGAGCAGAUGCAACUCCAUUGACUUCUCUGGAGGUGACAGUUACCUGAGAGCUGACCCGAAACUCUUGCCACGAAGCAGAUAAUGGUUUCAUAUUUUGCUGUUUAGUGUUGUUGUAAAAAUAGACUCAUUUCCUGGAGCAGUUAGAACAAGAAAAUAGGGAAAAGCAAUUUCCCACAGAGACUCAUCCACACUGGAAUUCACUGAGGACCCCGGAUGUGAACAUGUGCUGAUAGAAAACAUAAAGCAGCAACUUUGUUUAGGGAAGCCUCUGACCUGUCAAAAAUGCAGAGCAUUUCUUACCAGACUUUUCCUUGGCAAUUAGUGGGUAGAAUUACUCAUAGAAAUUGUUUUGUUUGCUCGCAAGGGGAGAAGUAAGACAUAAAUUCAAGAUAGUCCCUCUUUGACCACAAGAAAGAUUCUGUUCUAUGGGUGACGUUCUGGGUGGCCUCAGCUCCCUUUGGGAAUGAACUCAAACUUUUAGACCUCAGUGAAGUAUGAAGAUCCCCUCCAGACUUGCUGGACAUCCCUAGCUGGAAUUUUUUCAUCAGUGGAUUUGUGCAUCCACUUUUAAUUCAUUUCUAUGUGACUUUCAAGAAACCUCUGUUGGCUUCAGAACGUCUCUGUUCUGAAGAGAGACUAAUUUUGACACAGUGAUGUCACUGUGACUUCUGCCUUCCAUCUCUAGGCAGCAGCACUCAAACUAUAGGUUUCAGUCAUUUCAGAUGGGAAAUGAUUUUACAUGAAAUGACAUGUGAAAAAAAAGUUCAAAAGAAGACGUUCAAAGGGGAGCCCCCUUCACUCUGGCCACGCUUCACCCUUCCUUAGCACUUUGGCUUCACACACGUUUUCUGUAAUGAGGUUGUGCUGGUUUAACCUGAACACCAGGGAGGUUUCAAGAGGCCAGGUUUCACCCGUGGGCUCUGCUCAGCUGCUGUUGGAUCUGUGUGGGGCUGGAGCAGGAGGGAGGGAUGCUCCAGCACUUCCAGCGUGGCUGAGGGCUCCAUGCUCACGCUCUUGGGAGUGAGGACAUUUCUUGGCCCAAACUCACCCACUAUAAAGUAUUCUGCCAGGAAGACACUCAAAAACCUGCCCAAGUUCUGAAUUCCCCUUGAUUCUGGGGGGUUUCCACAGCAGAAGUGACAGAAACAAUUUAUCCCAGACAGAGCGGUUUCUUCAACAGGCCCUGUUGGCCUGCUACGGAGUCAGGCAGGUUAAUGCUCACCUUGUGUACUUCACUGAUUGCCCCAAACACUGCUUUUAAAUCAAAGUUUAACUCUUCUGGGACAUGUCUCUUCAGAAGAGCUUGGUUAACAGCUUGUACCUGUUUGUUGUGAGGAGCCUGCUGGCCCAUCAGAGUGGCCGGGCUCGGCCUGCAGAGCUAGCAGGGUUUGGGGCCGCGCAGCUGGGCUUAGCCACUGCAAAUGUUUCCCAUCAGCUCCCUGCAUACCCUGAGCUGUGAUUCAUCAAGGGAGACUGUGCAAAGCCCAACUUGAGGUGUGCGAGAUGUUUCUUUGAAGUUACUUGUGCUUAAAGUUAGGCAUGAUCUAAAUUGACUUGCUGGGCUGAGGCCCUGAAGAGCCCACUGUGCUCACUCAGUGCAGUUUAGUCUUUUCCUCUCAAGCAUUGUCCAGAGUGAUGUGAGUUUUAGAAGGGUCUGAAAGCUUUCAAUGAACCAUUCCAUAGGAAUGAGGGAAAGCUUUAACUAUUCAGUGGUUUUCUACCAGCAAGCUCAGCUACACUGGAGAGUCCAGAACUAAGCUCACCCUCUCUGGGCCUUCCCCUUCCUUAGUUUCUUCAGCGGGUUUCUUUUCAAAGGCAAGUGGGGGAAAAAAAUCUUAAAAUGGUAUCUUAAAAAGGUGGGAAAUUAAGCAGAUCAUAUAAUCUUGAUUCCUUUAUCUCACUUAAUUAAGGAGAAGUUUGCCAACAGUGAUCUGGUAUUUCCUAAAACAAGCAUAUA